AUGGGAAAAUCGUCUAGGAUUGAUUCAUAUUUUACGCGAACAAGUACGACUAAUUUUGAAAGUGAUGACAUACUACUUUCUAAUGUUAGUGAUUUUGAAGAGCCAGCUAAUAAAAUUGCAAGAAAAAGUUCAAGUGAAACUGAUGUUUCCUCUUUAGAGAGGGAUCCGGGAUUAAGAUGUCCUAUAUUGGAGUAUCCGGUCGCUAAACGUGAUGAAAUUCGAAGAGCUUAUAUAAUACUUGGACCAUAUCAACCUAUUCUCCCUAAGUAUCCAUUAUCAGGUCCAACAAAUCGUCUUCGACAUUUUAUUGCUUCUUGGUAUUCUAAAUUUCCGAGUUGGUUAGAGUACUCACCUAGUAAGGAUGAUGCAUUUUGCCUUCCCUGUUAUAUCUUCAACAAGCCUAAUGAACAUUUUUGGGGGAAUGCUUUCACUAUUAAGGGAUUUCAAAAUUGGAAGAAAGUAAAUGAUGGAAAAAAUGUGCUUUUUUAUGUCAUAUUGUCUCAACAUAUUGAUAAUGUACUCUCAAAGCAAUCUUCUGUAGAUGUUGCGAAUAAUCGAUUACGGCUCAAAACUACAAUAGAUGCAGUCCGGUGGCUCACUUUUCAAACUUGUUCUUUAAGAGGUAAUGAUGAAAGUGAAGAGUCAAUGAAUUCAGGUAAUUGUCGUGAAAUGGUAAAGUUGUUGGCAUCUUACAAUGAGAGUGUAAAUAAAGUGGUUUUAGAGAAUGCUCUAAAAAAUACAAAAUAUAUAUCUCCUGAUGUUCAAAAGGAGAUCCUAAGUAUUUUUGCAAAGAAAGUACGUCGGACAAUACGUGAGGAAAUUGGCGAAGCUAAAUUUUGUAUCAUUGUCGACGAGUCUCGAGAUUUGUCAAAGAGAGAACAGAUGGCUAUUGUGUUGAGAUUUGUAGACAAAAGGGGUUGUGUGCAAGAGUGUUUCUUUGAUCUUGUUCAUGUUUUUGAUACUUCAGCUGUGACUUUGAAAAAUAACAUAUCAGCUAUUCUUUCUUAUCACAACUUAAGCACUCAUAAUAUUCGAGGUCAGGGUUACGAUGGUGCAAGUAAUAUGCGUGGAGAGUGGAAUGGGUUACAAGCUUUGUUUUUGAAAGAUUGUCAAUAUGCAUAUUAUAUUCACUGUCUUGCUCACAGACUUCAAUUAACAUUGGUUGGAGCAUCUAGAGAGGUAAUUGCCAUUCAUAAUUUUUUCAGUCAGUUAUCUUUUAUUAUUGAUAUUGUCAGUGCUUCUUGCAAAAGACAAGAUGAACUAAGGGCUGCUCAAGCUACUAACAUUGCCAAGUUGAUUGAAACUGGAGAAAUUGAGACUGGAACUGGAAAAAAUCAAAUUGGAAAUCUUCAAAGAGCUGGGGAUACUAGGUGGAGCUCUCACAUAAGCUCAAUUUGUAGUUUAUUUGACAUGUUUGAUGCAACUUGCACUGUUCUUGAAAAUGUCAUCAAGGAUGGAAACUAUUCUCAACGUGGAGAUGCAGAUAGUGCUAUGAAUUAUAUGACAUCUUUUGAUUUUGUCUUCAUUUUACAUCUUAUGCGAGAUAUAUUAUUACUCUCUAAUGAUCUUUGCCAAGCUUUACAAAGAAAAGCUCAAGAUAUUUUAAACGCUCUUGAUUUAGUUUCUACCACAAAAAGAUUGAUUCAAAAUAUGAGAGAAUAUGGAUGGGAGAAGUUUAUUAAAGAAGUUAACUUAUUUUGUGAGAAGUAUGAAGUAUUAAUCCCCGAUAUGAAUGCUCCUUUUUCCAUUCGUCAAAGUAGGUGUCGUUCUAAGGAAACUGAUAUUUCUAUUGGUCAUCAUUAUCAGUAUGACUUAUUCACAGUUACAAUUGAUACGCAAUUGCAAGAGUUGAAUAGUAGAUUUAAUGAUAAAGCGGUUGAACUGUUUGUUCUAAGUUCUUCUCUAGAUCCGAAGGAUAAUUACAGUUUGUUCAAUGCUGAUAACAUAUACAAUCUUAUAGAAAAAUAUUAUCCUGAAGAUUUUACAGAUCAAGAGAAGCUACAUUUGAAGAUUCAACUACAUCAUUAUGAGUUUGAUGUUCCUCAACAUGAAGAGUUGAAGAAUUUAUCUACUCUUUCUGAAUUAUGCCAAGGAUUGAUGAACACUAAAAAAGCUACAAUUUAUCCUUUAGUUGAUAGGUUAAUUCGACUCAUUUUGACUCUUCCUGUGACUACUGCAACAACAGAGCGCUCAUUUUCAGCUAUGAGUAUUGUGAAGACGAAGUUACGGAAUAAAAUGGAAGAUGAUUAUCUUGCAGAUUACUUGGUCACUUAUAUUGAGAAGAAAAUUUCGAAGACAUUCACUACUGAUUCAAUUAUUGAUGAAUUUUAUGAUAUGAAAAAAAGACGUGUGCAAUUCCGCGAUUGA